AUGCAGUUGCUACUUCAACGACAUGCGAUUUGUGUAACGAUAUUUGUAUGUCCCAUCCUAAUAAUACGAUGCGAAAAUAGCGAUGAGUAUAAAGAGGUAUCCAAUAGGCGACUUACCGAUCAGAUUGCCGAGAAAGCCAAGCAAACUGUCGUUGACAUCGGUGAAGUGAUGAAAUCUCAACAAUCUGUCUUGGAAUGUGACGGCAAAAAAUGUCCAAAUAACAAUAUUUUCGUUUUUUAUCAAUGCUGUGAAAAUGUUCCCAAAGAAUGUUGCUGGCAUAUUCGAUAUUGGCUUACCAUUGUAUUAAUACUGAUAUUACUCAAAAUGCUUUGGUCUGGUUUGGUAUGGUGCAUACGGCGAUUGUGUCACGAUUGA